GGCGCCCCCUGCUGGUCCAGCAGUGCUGCAUCGCAUGUAAUCUUGAACCAAUACGCGCUGCAGCUGACGUAAGGAGAUGAGAGCUGAUGGAAACUCUGCAAGAUUUAGUAAAGGGAGUGAAGAUGGAGAGACAGACAGUGGCUCUACUGAGCUCCGCUGCUUGCGGGGUGGGAGCCCUGCUGGUGGUCUUCAAGACCGUCAGCGACCACCGGGCAGCGAAUGAAAAGACCGAGAGGGCAAGGAGCCGGAGGACUGAGAGCCUGCAGCGGGCUGAGCAGGAGGUGCUCCGAUACAAACAGGCGCAUAAAUCCUUCGACUCUGCUGCCAUCUUGUCACUGUCUUUGUCUGAGUUGACGAAGAAGCUGCGGGAGGGUUCACUGUGCCCCGAGAACGUGUUAUACUCCUACAUGGAAAAAACUCUGGCUGUUCACAAGAAGCUGAACUGCUGCACAGAAAUUUUGCUGGAGAGUUUUGACCAGCUGAAAAGCGUCGACUCCAACAAGGACGGUCUGCUGUACGGGGUUCCCAUCAGCAUCAAAGACAACGUUUCAUAUAAGAACCAUGACUGCUCCUGUGGCUUGAUCGUAAACCUGGACCAGCCAGCCCAGAAGGACAGCGUGAUCGUGGAAGUGCUGAAGAAACAAGGAGCCAUUCCUUUUGUGAAAACCAACCUGCCACAGGCACUGUUAAACUAUGAUUGCAGUAACCCCAUCUUCGGACAGACCGUGAACCCCUGUAAUGUCCUGAAGACUUCUGGAGGUUCCUCUGGAGGAGAGGGGGCUCUCAUCGGAGGAGGUGGCUCCAUUCUCGGAAUUGGCAGUGACAUAGGGGGAAGCGUCCGCAUACCUGCCUCUUUUUGCGGCAUUUGUGGCUUUAAGCCAACCACAGGCCGGCUCAGUUCACAGGGCAUGGUAUCCAUUUACCGAGGUCAAAAGUGCGUGCUCCCAUCACCUGGACCCAUGGCGCGGGAUGUGGACAGUUUAGCUCUUUGCAUGCAAGCUCUUCUCUGUGACCACAUGUUUUCCUUGGACCCCACUGUGCCACCUUUGCCCUUUAAUAACCAGACGUACCAAAGCUCCAAGCCUCUCAGAAUUGGUUACCUUGAAAACGAUGGGUACUCACUGCCUCCUCCGAGCAUGGUUCGCGGCCUCAGAGAGGUCAAAGCUUUGUUGGAGCAGGCCGGGCACACCGUUGUGCCUUAUGAACCUCUGAGGGUGAAGGAAGUUGUCACUGAACUCAUCGUAAAGGGUUUGUUUGCAGAUGGAACCACCAGCAUGCUACAAAAACUGAAGGGGGGGCCUUUGGAUCCCUGCCUCAGGCCACAGGUUACCACGUACUCUAUCCCCAAGUGGUUGAAGAGAACCCUCAUGUUCCUGAUGAAGCCCUUUUCUCCUCGGAUCCCUGCUGUCCUGGGCGCCCUCUGUGGAGUCAGAUCACCCCCAGAUGUUUGGAAGCAGCAUGCUGAUGUGGAGGACUACAUUUCUGAGACGAUUGCACACUGGAGGAAACACAACAUAGACGUGCUGCUCUGCCCAAUGAUCGGACCAGCUUUCAACUUUCUGUACUGCGGCCAACUCACAUGUCUCGCCAGCAUAACAAUGCUGUACAAUCUGCUCAAUUUUCCGGCUGGUGCAGUCCCCGUAUCCACAGUGACGUCGCAGGACGAGGAAGACCUCAAAGAUUUUAGGGGCAAUUACCAGGACACCUGGGACAAGCUGCAUAAACAGGCUGUGACUGGGGGCGAGGGUUUACCCGUGGCGGUGCAGUGCGUGGCCCUGCCGUGGCAGGAUGAGCUCUGCCUGCGCUUCAUGAAGGAGGUGGAACAACUCGUAAAACACAAGAAACCUUAGAACUAUGUCGUUGUCCUGCACCACACAGCCAAGUAAAAAUUAUUUCUGGAGUGGUGCAUUAUGAGCACAUUAUGUUUGAUAAAGAUUCAGGUUUUACAUGAGGUAGGUAAAGCUUAAUAACUGCAGCAAAAAUCCUUAACAUGGUGAAAAGGAAAAAAAAAAAGCAAACGAAAAAAAGGGGAAGGAAGGUGAUUAAUGAUUUCUUAAAAGUAGCUAAUAGUUUGUAAGAAAAAAAACAAACAUUAAAACUGAUUUAUUUUGUGGGCGGUAAAAAUAUUUUUGAACAAUAAAUCUACUUAAUGUUAGCAACUGUAUUUUAUUAGUAAAUACUUUCCAUUGCCUAUAUUGAAAUGCCAAGUAAUUUAGAAAUGUUUAUUAAUAUUUCUUGAUUUUUGUUUUUACUUUGCAUAUAAAUUCUAAAAGAAAAUGUAGAUUUUUUUUAAAAGAAAGUUGUAUUUUUUAUAGCUGUAUUUGAUCUUGACCAGAACACGAAUGACACAUUCCAAGAUGGGCAAACAAGUGUGCAAUUAAUGUAAAACAAUCUGUAUAAUAAUCCCAGCUUCUGUAAAGAAUAAUAAAGAUAAAAUGUUAUAUUGAUUUUUUGUUAUUAAAUAUCUAAUAUGAUUUAGCAAAUAAAAAUGAUAAAUAACUGGAUGUCAUUUUUCAGAAUCAGGAGAUUAUUUUCUUGUUAUAUGUACACUUAUUCCUCUGAACAUCUGGGUAGAUUCUGGGAUGCCUUUACAGUGAAGCAGGUGGCGGAGUUAAUAUUUAAUAAAGUAAUAAAAAAUAAAGGUAUGCAUGUAUUCAAGA